AUGGUGGGAGAAGAAGGUCGGAGAAAGAUGAUCAGACUUUUUUGUCCCUCAGCAUCGAAGAUUAUCGACUGGGUUGCUUGGAACGAUCAGAAACUGGACUUUAAAGCCAUAGCCGCAGCGUUUGAGCUCGAACCGUCGACGGUGAAGCUCAAUGGUCACUUCAUAAGCAGAGGUAUUGAUCUACUCGCCACUUGCGUGACGUGGCAGUCUCUGCUCGCUUUCUUCUCAGCUAGAGGCUUCUCAACUGGGGAAGACGAGUCCGGUGCUCUCUUCGUCGACGGCAAGCUCUGUAAAGUCGGUACCAAAAGAGCACACUCUGAUCCUCAAGAGGAUAUAACCUGCAACGAUCUUGGUCUAAUCAGAAACAAAAAGUUGAAAGACAAGUGUUCAGUUGAGGAACCUCUUGUCUCUGGAGGCAACAAGAGAAAGCUAUUGUCUGAAGAUAGGCACUCUCUCAAGAAACUUAAACUCAGCAUGGGUGAUAGCUGUGGUAAAUAUGUUGCAGGAAGACAAGGUGGAAACAGCAAAACGCCAUUGAAAUGCAGUUUCAUUAGUGAUGGUUUGAAGAGGACAAGAGAAGAUGAGAUGAUUGUUACUUCAGCUUUUAAUCUGAGAACUCAGUCAAAGAACGGUUUCUGUCCAACUCGGGACGGUGACCCUCCUUGCAGCGAUUUUCGACCCGAUUACUCGCCUGGAAGGCCGAGUUUUUGA